UGGGCCGCGCCAUGCCUAAGGGGGCGCCGCGAUGGGCCAAGGGGACGAAAGCGAGCGCAUCGUGAUCAACGUGGGCGGCACGCGCCACCAGACGUACCGCUCGACGCUGCGCACGCUGCCCGGCACGCGGCUCGCCUGGCUGGCGGAGCCCGACGCCCACAGCCAUUUCGACUAUGACCCGCGCGCCGACGAGUUCUUUUUCGACCGCCACCCGGGCGUCUUCGCGCACAUCCUGAACUACUACCGCACUGGCAAGUUGCACUGUCCCGCCGACGUGUGCGGGCCACUCUAUGAGGAGGAGCUGGCCUUCUGGGGCAUCGACGAGACCGACGUGGAGCCCUGCUGCUGGAUGACUUACCGCCAGCAUCGCGACGCAGAGGAGGCGCUCGAUAGCUUUGGCGGCGCACCCCUUGACAACAGCGCCGACGACGCGGACGCCGACGGCCCCGGCGACUCUGGCGACGGUGAGGACGAGCUGGAGAUGACCAAGCGCCUGGCGCUUAGCGACUCCCCGGACGGACGGACGGGCGGCUUCUGGCGCCGCUGGCAGCCGCGCAUCUGGGCGCUCUUCGAGGACCCCUACUCCUCCCGCUAUGCGCGGUAUGUGGCCUUCGCCUCCCUCUUCUUCAUCCUGGUCUCCAUCACCACCUUCUGCCUGGAGACCCACGAGCGCUUCAACCCCAUCGUGAACAAGACAGAGAUCGAGAAUGUCCGGAAUGGCACACAAGUGCGCUACUACCGGGAGGCGGAGACCGAGGCCUUUCUCACCUACAUUGAGGGCGUAUGUGUGGUCUGGUUCACCUUCGAGUUCCUCAUGCGUGUGGUCUUCUGCCCCAACAAGGUAGAGUUCAUCAAGAACUCGCUCAACAUCAUUGACUUUGUGGCCAUCCUCCCCUUCUACCUGGAGGUGGGCCUGAGCGGCCUGUCUUCGAAGGCCGCCAAGGACGUCCUGGGCUUCCUGCGCGUCGUCCGCUUCGUGCGUAUCCUGCGCAUCUUCAAGCUGACCCGCCAUUUUGUGGGCCUGCGGGUUCUGGGCCACACUCUCCGCGCCAGCACCAACGAGUUCUUGCUGCUUAUCAUCUUCCUGGCCCUGGGCGUCCUGAUCUUCGCCACCAUGAUCUACUAUGCCGAGAGGAUAGGGGCACAGCCCAAUGACCCCAGCGCCAGUGAGCACACCCACUUUAAGAACAUCCCCAUCGGCUUCUGGUGGGCCGUGGUCACCAUGACGACGCUGGGCUACGGAGACAUGUACCCGCAGACGUGGUCCGGCAUGCUGGUGGGAGCGCUGUGUGCGCUGGCGGGCGUGCUCACCAUCGCCAUGCCUGUGCCCGUCAUCGUGAACAAUUUUGGGAUGUAUUACUCCUUAGCCAUGGCUAAGCAGAAACUACCAAAGAAAAAAAAGAAGCAUAUUCCACGGCCACCGCAGCUGGGAUCUCCCAAUUAUUGUAAAUCUGUCGUAAACUCUCCACACCACAGUACUCAGAGUGACACAUGCCCGCUGGCCCAGGAAGAAAUUUUAGAAAUUAACAGAGCAGAUUCCAAACUGAAUGGGGAGGUGGCGAAGGCCGCGCUGGCGAACGAAGACUGCCCCCACAUAGACCAGGCCCUCACUCCUGAUGAGGGCCUGCCCUUUACUCGCUCGGGCACCCGCGAGAGAUACGGACCCUGCUUCCUCUUAUCAACCGGGGAGUACGCGUGCCCACCUGGUGGAGGAAUGAGAAAGGAUCUUUGCAAAGAAAGCCCUGUCAUUGCUAAGUAUAUGCCGACAGAGGCUGUGAGAGUGACUUGACCAGGCGGCUUGGCCGAGGACACUGGUGGCUAUUAAGCAUCUGGGUGGACCAGCAGCCCCUCCUCACCCUCGGACAGAGUAAAUUCACGCCAAUGCAGGUUUGCCGGACGAGUCCGAGUGGCCCAGGUCUUGUACUAGGACGGACGUAGCUUUUUCUACGGCCAAAUGGUAACUGACCGUAGAGGAUUUCUUUUCCUUCUUUUCCUUUUCUUUUUCUUUCCUUUUCUUUCUUUUCCUUUUUUCUUUUC